UGUGUUUAAAGACUUCUCUAAACGCAAUAGUUCAACCAAGUAGCUGCCCUAAUAAGCCGAAUUCUGUAAUGAGAUCUGCUUGAAUAAAUGCAUUUGUCUUGAAGGAUGUUUUAGGCAUCGGGAAAAGAGACAGCGCCGAGAGCAGGAGCAUCUCACAGGACAGUACCGGCUAUAGGUUGAUUCAGUCGAACCUGCGGACUCUCAGGUGAUUGGCUGGAGGUGGAUGACAUCAUUGAAAGUCCGCUGCCUCAGCCGCGCGCUAAACUCCUGGAAAGAGAUCAGAGACGCUCGCGCGGAUGGGAGCCACAUCUGGCGGAUUGUAAACCGACUCGUUCUAGACAAAAGCAGUCGCUCGAGGUGCGCUUAGGUAAGCAGCAGUCGCGAUGGUCAGAGUCUCAAUCAGCGUCUCACCGCUGGCCAGAGCCGCGCGCGUCAAGAGCGCAUGAUGUGAAAACAAAGUGUUCCGGCGCAACAUGAGGACAGCCCUUCUAAUAAUCGCGAGGAAAAACUUGACGGAGUGAAAGAGGAAGGCUGGAUUCCUUUUUCUUUUUUCUUCUGGCUGGUUGAGCAUUUUUAAAACCAUGCAACAUGAAUGUAACUAACAGCACUGGAGCAGAGGGACUCGCGCCCUGGAACUUCAACGGCUCUUUGAGCAACGUGUCCAGUGAUGCCAACUUCAGCUGUGACAGUGGCAGCGCCAAUGGCUCAUGUGCAGCGGUUGAGGGCGACGGCGAGAGCCCGUACAAGACGGUGGAGAUGGUCUUCAUCGCACUGGUCACUGGAUCUCUCAGUUUCGUCACCGUCGUGGGCAACAUCCUCGUCAUGCUCUCAAUCAAGGUUAAUCGACACCUGCAGACGGUCAACAACUACUUCCUUUUCAGCCUGGCCUGUGCAGAUCUGAUCAUCGGUGUGUUCUCCAUGAACCUUUACACCGUCUACAUCAUUAAGGGUUACUGGCCGCUUGGCCCAGUGGUGUGUGACCUGUGGCUCGCGCUGGAUUACGUGGUCAGCAACGCUUCAGUCAUGAACCUGCUAAUCAUCAGCUUCGACCGAUACUUCUGUGUGACCAAACCCUUGAGCUACCCCACACGCAGAACCACCAAGAUGGCCGGCCUCAUGAUUGCCUCUGCCUGGAUCCUGUCCUUCAUCCUGUGGGCUCCCGCUAUCCUGUUCUGGCAGUUUAUCGUCGGAGCCCGAACCGUAGCACCUGGGGAAUGUUACAUCCAGUUCCUUUCCAACCCCGCGGUCACAUUUGGCACAGCCAUCGCUGCGUUCUACCUUCCGGUGGUCAUCAUGACAGUCCUUUAUGUGCACAUCUCUCUGGCAAGCCGCAGUCGUGUGUCCAAACAGAAGCCUGAAGCCAAGAAAGAGAAGAAAGCCCAGAAAUCUAGCGGCCUGCUCAAGAGUCACAUCCUAAAGCAGAACAACAAUAACCAGUCUCCUCCUAAGCCCAGCCUGGACACCUGCUCUACAGUGGACACCAUGAAAAACGGUAAACUGGAAGAGUCUGUGGUGUCCGCUAAAGCAGACUCUUGCGUGCAGGCGGAGGAAAAGGAAAGCUCCAAUGAUUCCAGCACAGCCAGCAUAGCGCCAAAGGAGCCCAAAGAGCGAGCGAACAGUGAGGUCACUUCAGACGCAGGUCUGACCCCUGCGCCAGCAGCUGCACCUAAACUCAACCCUCAAUCCAAAUGGUCCAAGAUCAAGAUAGUCACCAAACAGGCAGGAGAUGAGUGCAUCACAGCAAUUGAGAUCGUCCCACCGAACAGCACCGGCGAGAGCCGCUCCAUCCCUGUGAGCCGUCCCCGCACUGUGGCGCGCAAGUUUGCCAGCAUUGCACGCAGUCAGGUGAAGAGGAAACGGCAAAUGGCGGCACGAGAAAAGAAAGUGACAAAGACAAUCUUUGCCAUCCUGCUGGCCUUUAUCAUCACAUGGACGCCGUACAAUGUAAUGGUUUUAAUUAGCACGUUCUGCCAGUCGUGUGUUCCAGACACAGUCUGGGCCAUUGGCUACUGGCUCUGCUACGUCAACAGCACCAUCAACCCCGCUUGCUAUGCACUAUGUAACGCCACUUUCAAAAAGACCUUCAAAAACCUGCUCAUGUGCCAGUAUAAGAACAUCGGCACCAGAUGAACUGAAGAAAGAAGCAGCCUGCGGAGACGAAGGGUAUGAUGUAGAGGGCUGUCCGGGCUCUUCUGGCCCCAAUACCUUUUUGAAGCCUUGGAAGGUAUUGCACAGUUCUUUGUGAGGCUUCAUAGUGCUCAAUCAGUGAGUCAUAAUCAAUGUUUCAUGUAUUAAGGGAUCACUGUUUGCAAGAAGAUGAUGGAGCUCUCACAAGAGACUGAAACACAGACCAAGUCUUAAAGCAAAUGACUUUUCCAGUAAUCUGAUCAUUGCUGGAGCUCUGCACUACAGAAAUGUGAAGAUCAACUGCAUAGAGAGAUUCCCAGCAAACAUAAACCAAAAGAAACUUGGUGAACGAAGGGAUUUUUUCAUUCAUUUAUAUUCCCAGUACAGCACAAAUGGUAUCUAUCAAGUUUCUUUUGGUUAGUAUUACCACUGUUUCUGACCCAGAUUCUCUGCAAACAUCAUACAGAGGUGAGGAGGACGAUGGGAGAACAUAUUCAAAUAUCUUAUGGAAAAGCCUCCCGAUUGACGUCCCAGAGUGAGUUCAGAUUUGCUGUACCUGCACCUUCCACUUUUCAGAAGACAGAGACUGAAGCUGCUCACUGACCACAACAGCUGUGUUGUCCAUUACAUUCACAGAGGCGAAUUCAGGGCAUGUGGUUCAGACUGGGAGAAGCUAGACAUCAUGAUCCUCUUGAGGUUCUGGAAUAGGUCAGAAUUCAAAAGAAUCUUCUCAAUGGAUUGGGAAAGGCAUUAUAGACUUUAUAUGGGAUGAGGCACUCAAUACUGAGCUGAGAAAUGUCACUGUAAGGGUUUGAUCUUACAGAGGUGUGUACUGUAAAUAUGUUAAGAUAUGAUGAAUAUAUGCUCUUGAAAGUAUUAUUUCUUCCCUGCAUUUAAUGUCUGGAUGUUUGUGUUCCUCUUGUAUAUAGUUGGUGAUCUUCAUGUGAUUUUAUAGAUUAAAUAUUAAAUGUAUCGUUGUCUGUAUGCAAACUGCUAAAAAUCAUUUAUAAUUUGUGAUAUACUUGGAAAAAAAUAGGAAAUGACUAGUGCAUUUAUUUAACCUGUUUAUAAGAUUUAAAGCAUUUAAAAUGAGGCACAAAGGACGGUGUAAAAAAUUUGAGAAAUGGAAAAUUGGUUUUAUUUCCCCCUUGUACAUGUUUGUUUAACAGAUCCUCACUUCAUUAUAUUGUUUUCUCAUGGUGCAAUACAGUUUUGCCUAGUUUUUGUAUUAAAAUACAAAGUUUGUAAUUGAUGGAAACGCAGCAAAGAAAGAUCUCCCACAGUUCUGUGUUUAAGAGCAUGUGGCUGGAAUUAGAACAGAGGGAGAAAUGUGUUGAUGUUUUAGGGCUCAUGUUGUUACAUUAUUAACAAGCUGCCAGUUUCAGCAAUUACAGAUUUUAAAGCAUUAAACCAAAGAGGUCAUGGCGCUCUGGUCUGUUAUUAUAGGCCUGGUCUGAAAGAGAGAUUAUUCAUUCAUUAGCAUCAUUUUAAGAUGCAGAGACUUGCCUCUCUUAACGUCUUUGGUUUGGUUUCAUGUUUCUACCUCAUAAUCAAAUUUCCAUUCAUAGGGUCUGUAUCUCCAAACCAGCCCUCAAUCUCUUUUUAAUGGGCGGUAAAGGCAGACUUGGUGAUUAGUAUGCCAUUGCAAAAGCAUUAAAAACCAGAUUUCCAUUUUUCUGAAUGUUAAACUUGCCAAUUGCUUUGGUCUAAUGAAACAUGCGGUAGUCUUUUCACUACAAAUCCUAGUCAUUGAUGCUUUUGUAAAAGUCUCCUUGACUGUGAUGCAAACUCGGAAGACUUCACACUGGAAUACAAUUAUAAUCUCCUUUUGUAACAAAGAAAUUUAGUCAUGAAAUCUGAAUAAAUAUUGUUCCUCUGCAAA